GCUUCCGUGCGGAUACCGCCGUACCCGGUCUUGGCAGCGGGAAAUUGCUCACAGCGCGUAAUUGGUCCUCGUGCAUCAAGGACAGAAUACGGCAGCCCGCGUCGGUCUUCGCUCAUUGACGAAGAACGAAGUAUCGUCCGCGAGCAUCGACUCUGCCGACCUCCAUGCAGGGGUUGCUUUGAAGAACGGCGGCUACAUCAUCAUCGUAAACCAUCUCGAGCACCUCACGACAUUACCGUCGCGUGCGACCUGGACAGACAUCUCCGCCGGUAAUUAACAUCCGCGCCGUGGAAACGACAAGCUGUAAGGAAACACUUUCGUUCUGUCUUCAGCAAGGGGUCGGCGCCGUUUCUGGCAGGCCAGUAAAGCGGGUCGCCUGAAGCAAACGUCGAUAAGGCGGUGGUCGUGACUGAAAAAGUGUGCGCGCUAUACUGCGAGCGACAUGGCGCAGAGCGUGUCGUUAACGUCGUCCAAGGCGAGCGGGUCGUCUCGGCUCUCGUUGCAAGCCUUCAACAAGUCGAACGCGUCGGAACAAGACAAGGGUCAGGACGUGGUGCCCGGUUUGCUCUACUAUGAGUUUCUGCCCCUUGUGCGUCGCUCAAAGAGCACGGGUCUCCUCGAGUUUCAAGAGUUUGAUGACGUAGUGGAGCGCGCCAGCGACUGGUACCGGCAGAUCUGCGGCUACCGUGUGGUCUCCAUGGAGACGGUGCAGUUCAAGUUCAGGGACAGGGAUCCGGCUUCUUCCUCCUCUUCGGGAGAAGCGAAGGGAUACCGUUCCUCCCGUUCGGACGAAGACGGCACCAGGCUGUCGGCGCAGAAGCACUACUACGGCGACGGGCUCAGGGUGUGGCUGUUCCCUUGCGAGGCGCACAUCAACGGCGGCGUGGAGCUGGGCUACCUCGACCUGGAGCCGCAGCUGGUGGAGCAGCCGGCCGGAUGCAUCCGGUACGAGGCGGUGCCCGACCUGCUCGAGAGAUUCAAUGCCGAGCAAGGCGACCGGCGCGAGGCCCGUCCCGGGAAAGGUCAUCGGAGUCGAGUCGCGCGACGUACGCCAACCCGAGAAGAUGCGCCGCGACGUGGCCCAGGGGGACGGCUUCGGCUACUUCCAACUCUUCAGCCUGCGCAUCUUCUUCUACAGAGGCCUGCCCACUCGAGAAAGGAUACAGGUGCGCGACGUGGUGCCGAAGCCGCUGGACGACUACGCCUUCGAGGACUUCACGUGCGUGCUCAAGCGGGCCUCCCAGUGGCUGCAGAGCGAGAGCCCGCUCAAGCUGUACAACCUGCAGACGCUCUUCGUCAAGGCCAAGAUCGACGUUCCCCCGGGUACAGCGCUUUCCCGCAAGGUGCGCACGCUGGUUCGCUACCUGAAGGUCCUGCGCAUCGUGUACAGCACGUUUCCCGAGAGCGCGGCCGAGUUCGCGAACCUGCGCUUUCCCCGGUGCCUGUCGCACCACGUGUUCAUGCCCGCCCUCAGCCGCGACGGCCGCGACCUGCCCGUCGCCGAGGCCAUCCGCGCGCUCAAGGCUAACAUGAGCCUCUGGAGCGUCGGCCUACGCGGCAAUAUCUUGUGUGCCGAGUCGCUGACCGUGGACUACGACCCGUCGGGGCGGGGCCCAAGCAAGAUCAACGCGUCAGCGCCCAGCAAGUCCGAGAUCAUGGCGGCCACCAACGCUGGCGGCGCCGCGCAGC